GAUGAGGUUUACGAAGGAAGAGCCUAUGUGAAAGAUGACUUUGUCCAAUUCGCAGUCGGUUAUUUCAGAGGAGACACAUUCUAUAUAAAUCCAAUCGCGGGGACAUUUGAUAUGCAUCGCUCGCUUGCCCAUUUGAACAAUGCUGGCAAAGGCAAAGGUGACGACGAAGGAGAAAUGACUGGCGAGUCGGACACUGAAGCUGCUGGCACCAGUGCCAAACAGAUACGUGUGAAAUUCGUGAGACCAGAAACGGAGCGGCAAAAGAAAAGAAGGGAAGCAAGUGCUCUUCAUAGGGAAAAAUUGAUUGCGAGCGAUUCAUGGAUUCCUAUGGAUGUUCAUCUAAAAGAGGAUCCUUCUGUGGUUGAAAAAUUUUCUCAAAUGACUACACUUCCAUCUGAGGGAUACGACCCAUCGGAUAUUAUCGAAACUAGAGAUCUCGUGGAACGCGGAAUUAUUUGUGGGGAAAGGGAGCAAAUUGAUCUCACUCGAAGCGAUUUACUGGUCUCUCAUCAACGUAUUCGAGAAAUGCCUAUCGAUCAGCAAGUGAAAGCACAACUUUUUAAAGCGCGGGUCGUUGCAACGGAUGAUAUAGCUAGAUUGGUUCCGUCCAUAAGUCGCAACGAGCUUUUCGAGUAUCUCCAACAGUGUGCCCAUUUAGUUCAAGGUGUUUGGGUUUUCCAGUCAGAGUUUUUAUACCAUGAUCUCACCGCUGCGCACUCCAUUACACCAGGAAAGCUGGAUGAACAUCGUGCCGAUAUGUGGCGAUGCGCCCGUGAUCUCGCAUUAUGCCUUCUCGAUGCAGGACGAACCGUCACUCGGUCUCUGCUUACAAGAUGUUUUCAAAUAAAUUCGAGAGAUGCUGAAGAAAUUUUGUCGUCGUUUGCAGUACCUGGAAAUAGAUCUUGGAAAUUACGAAUUACUCCGGAUCCACUUUUCUUGGAAAGUCCCGAGAAUGCGAAAAUAGUGCUGGAGGAACGUCGAUAUUGGACGGAGAGAUGGGCGGAAAUCCAGCUUCGUAUAGAUACAACAAUGUCCUUACAAGAUUUGGUGCUUAUCGUGGCUACGUGGAGUUCAUUCGGUAUGUUUUAUACCUAUCGUUCAUUCGCGAAGGUGCUGGUGGAUGCUUUUAUACUCCGCGUCGCUGGAGACGCGUCAAGCGGCGGAGGUAUGUGUUGCGUUGCAGCCUUGACAUGGAUUAAGUACUGCAAUGGAAUUUACAUAGUGCUUCCUUUCUUUUUCAAAUAUCGAUCACUUGGUAGAUCAAUCGAUGACAACGUUCGCUACGCGUCGGCUGUCGCCCUUCGCUCAUCGGCCAGGUAG